AUGGCCGAUAAGCGUGUUGAGCAAGCUGCCCAAGCUGCUGGUGAAAAGAAGGAUACCAACCCUUCUAACCCAUCAGUUAUUUCAUCUGGAGGCGCAAUUGGCAAGCAAUUUAACCCUGACGGAAACAUUGGACAAAUUGGUGAGAAGAUUGGUGGUCCAUUCUCAAAGGACGGUGCUAUCGGUUCCCAGUUCGAUGCCGCAAAGGAUGGUCUCGCUGGACAGGUUGAGAAGGCUGUUGAUGGACCAAGUAGACCUGCUACUGAGAAGAAGUAA